GAUUUACAUACAGCACCCCUGAUUGAUGAAAUCCAUAUCCCAUCACCAUUCAUACUCAUUCCAAGAGAACGACUCCAUCUUUGGACUUUUUCAUCUCCCCUCUUGGGCGAUACUAGCCGCUCGCCUAGCUUCCGUCACCCUCGGAUUCACUAUUGAUAGCGAUGGAGGUCAUUACAUAUGCAAUCUACGGUCCCGCGCUUGCCGCAGUCUACGGCAUUGGAUGGAUCAUCUAUACGCGGACCAUACACCCGCUUGCGGCCAUCCCUGGACCAUUCUGGGCUUCUGUUACACGCCUCUGGUACGUGUAUCAUGUCGCAAAGGGCGAUAUGGAGCAUGUCCAGAGAGCACUUCAUGCUAGGUUUGGCCCCAUUGUGCGCAUUGCGCCGCAAGAGGUUGCCUGUGCGGAUCCCACUGCGUACCGCACCAUCUACGCCAUCGCCAGUCCCUGGACUAAGAGCUUCUUUUACCCCAUCUGGGGCAACAAGACCUUCUCCAAGUAUCCAGACAACUUUAGUAACACCGAUGAGGCGAUUCAUGCAAAGCGCCGUCGCAUUGUGAACAAUGUCUACAGCAUGUCCACUGUCCUCACGCUCGAAACAUACAUCGACAGAUGCUCCUCUCUGUUCAUCAACGCCAUGGAAACAUUCGCCUCCUCAGACGAAUCCUUUGAUCUCGGCGAGUGGCUCCAGUUUUACACCUUUGAUGUCAUUGGUGAGCUCUUUUUUGGCAAGACGUUUGGCUUUAUGGAAAAGGCUGAGGAUCACGAGGGCUACAUUCGUUCUCUUGACAGACUUUUGCCCGUCAUGGCCGCGGCUGCCGUUGCCACGCCUGUUACUCGAUUCUGCAUCCUUGGCUCUUCCAUGUUCAGUAGUGAUGUUCGAAAGGCGCUUAAAGCUCUAGACCACAUCGCAGAGGCAGCUAGAGCCUGUGUUCAGACCAGACUGGACGCAGGUGGCAAACAGGAUACAGCCGAUGGUCCACGGCGCGAUCUUAUGGCCCAUCAUCUUAGUAUUGUCCACGACAAGGGCGAGGCAGUAGAUUUCGGUAUUUGUGAGGUCCAAUACGAGGCCUAUGUAGCCAUAUUUGCUGGGUCGGAUACUACCGCUAUUGCGCUACGCUCCAUCUUCUAUCACCUAAUGAAGUAUCCUGCUGCUUGCGAGAAGCUGCAGAUGGAAAUUGACACUGCUUUUGCAUCAGGUACUCUUAGCAACCCUCCCAAGUACUCGGAAGCCGUCAAUCUCCCUUACCUCUCCGCCACUAUUAAAGAGGCUAUGCGACUACACCCUAGUGUUGGUCUGACGAUGCCUCGUCUUGUCCCCAAGGGCGGGGUCGAGCUCGCCGGUAAAUUUAUCCCUCAAGGCUACAUUGUUGGCAUGAAUGCAGCUGUGGUCGGUCACAACCAUGGUGUUUACGGCGAGCGGCCCGAUGAGUUUGACCCUGGACGCUGGCUACGCGGCGAUACAGCACCUAUGGAACGCUAUAAUCUUGUAUUUGGCGCUGGGACAAGAACUUGCAUCGGAAAGAAUAUUUCUCUCAGCGAGAUCUAUAAGCUUGUCCCUCUUGUUAUGCGCUUCUUCACCUUUACUCUUAGUGAGCCGGAGAAGCAAUGGUCAACGCAUAACGCUUGGUUCAACAAGCAGACUGGAGUGAACGUACGCGUAGAGAAACGCAAGAUUGAUUGAUGUACGCUCUAGUCGGUAAGUACUUUUACAAUCUUUUAGGCUCUACCGUAGGUACGUAUUUCCAUAGCUUGUUUACAACGAAAUGGCACCUCUAUUAUUUACAAAUCGGAUUGUAAGGAGUACACUACAAUACUAUCUUGGAGUUUUGUAAAGCAA